UUUUAUUUUCUUGCAGCUUCUUUAUGCUCUUUGUGAUCUGGCUGUUCCAGAAGUACACCUCUUUGGCGCAGAAAAUGAUCUUGAGUUUAACUGUGGCUGCAUUAUUUGACAGUAUAGCCUAUCUGAUGGGAGAGGUUAUCCCAGAUGGUGUUCUCUGCAACUUCCAGGCCUGGUGGCUUACGUACUUUGACUGGUGCUCCUUAGCAUGGGUGUGUUGUAUCACCAUCAACCUCUAUUUCAAUUUGGUAAAAGAAACCAGAACAGAUCGCUUUGCAGUUGCAUAUCACAUCAUUGCCUGGGGUGUGCCAUUCAUUCUCUCCUGCCUGCCCCUCUUUGGAGAUUACUACGGACCUGCUGGAGCCUGGUGCUGGAUUACAGACGAUCACGCGGCGUGGAGAUUUGGCAUAUGGUAUAUUCCCUUGUUUGUCCUAAUUUUCCUGAUGAUGUUUUGCUACCUUCGCAUUAUUUACGUCGCUAAACAAAGGGUUUUAACUUGGUCUGGCACAUAUGACCCUGAGAGAGAACGAAGCAAGAUCCUGUUAACCCUGGAAAUAAAGCCACUUAAAUGGUACCCAUCUGUGUACCUGGCUGUAUCCCUCUUUCCUCUCAUUAACAGGCUGCACAAUGCAUUUGAUCCCAGCCAUCCUGUUUUUGUCCUGACAUUCCUGCAUGUUAUGACAGCUCCACUUCACGGACUGGCCAAUGCCAUUGUGUUUGGAUUUGACAGGGAGACCUGGAGUCAGUUGAGCUUCACAUCUCUUCAGCUUGCUUUCCAGUCCCGAUUUUCUGAUACAACACUGAUUAAGGAGUACCAACCAGGGUCAGUACGCUACAUGACCCGCCUGAAAAGUGAUUCCUCAGACUCGUUUGAUGAUAGCACAAUUUAUUCAUCCACCAUGGCUUCUAAGGACGGGGAACCCUGACAGCUCAGAACACCCUGCGAAUAAGCAUGUGUACUGCUGGACUCUUAAACAAAGGAAGAACUGUGACAUUGGAGAUGAAUUGUCAACCCUCAUUAUUACUUCCAGUCGCUUAAUAUUUAAUCGCUAUAAAACUGUGCAGAGACUUCAAACUUGUAGAGGAUGCACUGAGCUAAACACAUCACUUAAAGAGACCACAUUACUUUCAGUUGUCUGUCCUUCAAACGUCAAGAUAAAU